UUGUCGCCCUUCAGCGAACAAACUAGAAACUACAAUAACACUAAAAACAACAUGGCGGCCGCCACAAGGCUCAUAUCAAGGUUGACGCUGGUCACUGGGGGAGGCAGUGGGAUCGGGCGGGCCGUGUGCCAGCGUUUGGCCGCGGAGGGCGCCUCUGUGGUGGUCGCCGACAUCAGCGAGGAGUCGGCCCACGAGACGGUGGCCGGCCUGCAGAAUGACCUCAGGGGCCAGGCUCACACUGCCACCGCGGUGGACGUCUCAUCCAAGGAGAGCGUGACGCAGCUGCUGACGACCAUCCAGACUCGUUACUUCCAGCCGCCCUCUGUGUGUGUGCACGCGGCCGGCAUCACUCAGGACGACUUCCUGCUCAGCAUGGAGGAGGAGCAGUUUGACAGAGUCAUCAAGGUCAACCUGAAGGGUUCAUUCCUGGUUACGCAGGCUGUGGCCCAGGCUUUGGUGGCCUGUGGGGCUCCCAAAGGAUCCAUCGUUACUUUGGGCAGCAUUGUGGGAAAGGUGGGGAACCUCGGACAGGCAAAUUACGCCGCCUCCAAAGCCGGAGUGGAGGGUUUGACCAGGACGGCGGCCAAGGAGCUGAGCAGGUUUGGGAUUCGAUGUAACUGCGUGUUGCCAGGUUUCAUAUCCACUCCGAUGACGGAUAAAGUACCAGAGAAGGUUAUUAGCAAGAUGAAGUCGCUGGUGCCUUUGGGAAGAAUGGGCGAGCCAGCAGAGGUGGCCGAAGUCUGUGCAUUCCUGGCUUCAGACGACUCUCGGUACAUCACAGGGACCAGCAUCGAGGUGACAGGUGGACUUUUCAUGGGCUGAAGCAGCCCUGACGAGCAUCAACAGGAGGCCAGUUUGUCCAGAAUUAACUGUGAAACAUAAUUCCCCCUCAGAUCAUGAUUGUUUAAAAUGUGUGGGGACUCUUUUUGUAACUAUUAACACUCAAAAUUUUGUGUUUUCUUCGGAGAGUACUGACUCUAUAAAGCUUUACUUAAAACGGUGGAUUUCUCUCCUUGUGAUCAUAAAAUAAAUGCUUCCCUGUCCUCACACACUGUUUAGGAGCAGCUGAUCCACAGCUACAAACGUUUCGGUCUAUGUUUUUACCCAGUCAUCGUUUUCAUGUCUUCCAGGUGAGGAAUGAAACAAAUCGGCUCUCUAAAAAGAACAUUUUCUGCCAUUACAAAAAGAAAAAGAAUUUAGCAGAGGUACACUUCUCUCUUUGUACUCAGAUUAAAAACAUCUGAUAAAUAUUGAGGGAA